AUGAAAGAUGCCAUUCUCCCCACUCUCAUGCAGACCGUGGAAGGAACCCCCGUCUUCGUGCACGCUGGACCGUUCGCUAAUAUCGCUCACGGCAACUCGUCUAUUAUCGCGGACCAGAUUGCACUGAAAUUGGCAGGUGAAGAUGGCUUCGUGGUCACCGAGUGUGGCUUUGGUGCCGAUAUCGGCAUGGAAAAGUUCUUCAACAUCAAGUGUCGUACCAGUGGCCUGACCCCGCAGUGUGUGGUGCUUGUCUCCACUAUCCGCGCACUCAAGAUGCACGGUGGUGGCCCCAAUGUGGUCGCCGGCCAACCGCUGCACCCGGUAUAUGUCGACGAGAACUUGGACAUGUUGGAGAAUGGUUGCGCUAAUAUGCAACACCAUAUUCGCAACGCUCUGAAGUUCGGUGUGGCUGUCGUUGUGGCUGUGAAUGUGUUCGCCACGGACUCGCCUCGUGAAGUGGAGCUUGUGAAGCAGAAGGCUCUGGAGGCUGGAGCCACUGCUGCGGUGGAGAGCACGCACUGGUCUGAAGGUGGCAAGGGAGCCAAGAACUUGGGACGCGCUGUUGUGUCUUCAUGCGAGAAGAUGCGUGCGCAGGGCAGUCCGUUCAAGUUCCUGUACCCAUUGGAGUUCAGCAUCCCCGAGAAGUUCGAAGUCAUCUGCAAGGAGAUUUACGGUGCUGACGGCGUCGAGUUUAGCGAGGAAGCCAAGAAGAAACUGGCAGUCUACUCGCAGCGAGGUUACGGCAAGUUGCCUGUGUGUUGUGCUAAGACUCACCUGAGUUUGAGCACGGACCCGAAGCCGAAGGGUGUGCCCACGGGUUUCUCUGUCACUGUGCGUGACAUCCGCGCGUCUGUAGGGGCUGGCUUCGUCUACCUGCUGUGUGGUGACAUGAUGACAGUCCCCGCCCUCCCCACUCGUCCAGGCUUCUACGACGUCGACCUGGACACCGAGACUGGCAAAGUGAUUGGUCUGUUCUAA